UGCUCAUUUGACCAAGCAAAUGCGAGAGACGGCUGAGUUGACCGCAGUACAUGAUGGCUGCAUACAUACAUACAUUAAUGUCCAGGGUGUGGCAGUCACUAAAGAAACCUGUGGACAUGUUUCUCGGUAUUUAACCAUCCUGAAAACAGUGAAAUGAAAGGGCAAAGCAAACAGGGAAAGGCUCAUGAGAACAGGAAGGAUGUUGACGUGAUUUCCGCAGGCUUUGGACCGGGGAAAGUUGUUUCCUGAAGUUGACACUGCUGAUCAUUUUCUACACCUAAACUCUGGAGCUUCUUGUACAAAAAUGACUCCGACACGUUUAUCGCAUUUUUGAUGAUAGUCGUCUUUAUCCCUCGUCAGAUUGACUCUGUCUGAGGAAAACAUGAGCUCCAGGAGUGAAGAAGACUCAGAGGCGAGCCUGCAGGCCCAGCUAGCCGAGUGCCGAGCUCAGGUGGAACACUGGCAGGGCGUGGCGACGAUCUGCGAGCUGAGCAAACAGGAGGAACUGGCAGAGCUGCAGAAACAAUGUGAUCAAGAGAUCCAGUCUCUGCAGGAGGCUCUCAGAGAGACAGCAGAGCAGUAUGAGGCCAGGCUAUCAGUCCUCCAGUCUCAGUCUGGAGAGUGGAGGAGAGCCAGUGGGCAGAACAUGAUCAGUGGAAGGAAAGGCAAUAAUGAAUCCCCGGCAUCGCUCACCAACAGCCUGUCGGAGGCCGUGGCGGUGGAGCGGAGACAGAACCAGCCGUCAGAUCUCGAAGUGUCGACGGAGGGAGACGGGACGCCUCCUACGUCAGAAGCGUAUUUCUCUCUGCGGCACUGCGACUCGGCCUCGCUGUCCUCCUUCUCCUUAGACACGCCCUCUCUGCCCAGGAAGCUCCACGCUCAGGAGGACACCGACUCUCUGGUCUCCACGGGAACCCUGGUGCCUGAAGCCAUCUACCUGCCGCCGGCCGGACACCGGCUGGUCCCGCACGGAGACUGGGACGCCCUCAAUGCUCAGGUGUCGGAGCUGCGAGGCGAGCUGAGCCGGCUGCAGGAGGAGAAGGAGGAGCUGGAGCGAGAGCUGGACACACAGACCAACAAAACGCACAAACAGGUGUCAAUGCUCCAGGCUCAGGUCCACACCUCAGAGGCCCUCCUCCAGGAUCUGCAGAAAUCUUUCAGCCAAUCACAGAGCGCCGUCCAGAGUCGGCUGGCAGAGUUGUCUCUCUCCCAGAGGAAGGUGAGCACCGAGCUGUCCAGACUCAAAGGAGAGGAGGUUCAAGAUGAGCCCGACUGCUUCCCCGCUACACUGCAGGGGGCGCACUGUGAGGAGCGUCUCCGCAUCGAGAUAGUGAACCUCAGGGAUCAGCUGGACACCCGCACAGAGGAGAACGGUCUGUGGAGCAUAUUCAUAUGUAUUAUUAUUUCCUCAACACUGACUAUCGAGACACCAAAACAUGUUUUAUUCUCUCUUCCUGCCUGCACCAAUUUGCAACUCCCAUCAUCAGAAGUUUUAGAAGUGCGGCUGUCCAGUCUGAAGACGGAGACGGAGAGGGUCUCAUCUCAGAAGGAGCAGCUGCAGGCGGAGCUGCUGUCCUGCCGCAGCGAGCUGGAGGCCCUGAGGGUGGCGCUGUCUCACCUGCAGAGCACCAGCAAGACUCUCAGUACUGAGAAGGCGGCGCUGCAGCAGCAGAGUCUGGAGCUGCGCAGUCAGGUGAUCAGCAUGCGCAGCCAGGUGGACACCAGCCAGACGGUUCAGAGAGACUUCGUGCAGCUCUCUCAGUCGCUGCAGAUGAGGCUGGAGGUGAUCCGGCAGGCGGAGACUCUGGAGCAGGUCAGAGAGGUCCUGGAGGAGGGGAGGAGGGAGGCUGCUUCCUCUCCUGUAGACUCCUCCUGAGAUACAGAGAGGUCCUGGAGGAGGGAGGCUGCUUCCUCUCCUGCAGACUCCUCCUGAGAUACAGAGAGGUCCUGGAGGAGGGGAGGAGGGAGGCUGCUUCCUCUCCUGCAGACUCCUCCUGAGAUACAGAGAGGUCCUGGAGGAGGGAGGCUGCUUCCUCUCCUGCAGACUCCUCCUGAGAUACAGAGAGGUCCUGGAGGAGGGAGGCUGCUUCCUCUCCUGCAGACUCCUCCUGAGCCACAGAGAGGUCCUGGAGGAGGGAGGCUGCUUCCUCUCCUGCAGACUCCUCCUGAGCCACAGACAGUCACACUGGAACCAAAGAGUACAAACAGAGAUAAAAGAUCUCAUCAGAGACCGAUAAGGACCAACCAGCAACCACCACGUGAAACACCGUCAGGAACUCUGCUAGUGAUGGAUAUUCCUGAAGAGACAUUAUAUAUAUAUAUAUAUAUAUAUAUAUAUAUAUAUAGUUUCAGAGGCGUCAAAGACUUGAAAUACGACCAAAGUGAUUUUUGUGAACCUGGAAUGUUCUCUAAGAAUAUUUGCAUUCCUUUUAUCUUACACCAGUAACAUGCUUAUUCCUUUACUAAUACAUGUGUAAAUGUAUUUUCUUGUUUAAACUGACAUUACUCCAAAACACUCAACAGUCCAACACUCGAUGUUUCCCUCUAUCAGUUUUUAAAUGCGAUGUAUUGUGAAGGCGGACCUGGAAGCAAAGGAUCACAGUGCAAUAAUGAAUAACAGUGAUACUAAGUAACUCUCCUAAAUGAACUGCAUUCCAGGUUUUAUUUUAAUAUGUUGUCUAUUUGAGCUUUACAUGAACUGCUCCCGUUGCCACACAAUCCUAAAAGCUCAUUUAUAUGAUUUAUGGAUAAGGACAGAAGCCAAGCAAAAAGAAAUCUAUGAAGAAAUGUGAAUAUGUAACAUUUUGUCAUCUUUUAAUACAUAUUGUAAGUAUAAGAUAGGCUGUCACUAUCUUUCAUAAUGAAAUACGAUAACGUUUCUCAAUCUGGACUCAGCUUUUAUUGCAGUUUCUUAUCAUGCAAAACAGGUCGACACUAUCCUUUAAUAAUGUAGGAUUUCAUUUACUAUGAAGCCUAAUUUACAUUGAACCUUUUUGGAAAUACACGAGUGAUCUUGACAUUUUAAUAAAAAGACUGCUGCUAAUUCAACUUUACCACAGGGGAAUAAAGGUAAAAAACGUUAUAGAAUAAUGUCAAUAGUUAAAUUUAUACAUAAGAUACAAUUGAGUCUUAAAGUAUUAUAACAAUUACGCAUUGUUUAAUGUUUGUCAUUGUGAUCCACGUCUUGCGCACCAACUGAUGGAAAACAAAUUACAUUCAUAAAUAUGUUUUUAUGUUUAAAGCAACAUAUAUUUACAGGACUCUGUUUUAUUGAGCAAGUUGUGAUUCUUAUUAAAUAACAAAACCUUAUUUAA